CUCUCUCUCUCUCUCACCCUCUCGCCUCCCUCCUCUCUCACUCGAUCCUCCUCCUCCUCAGUCUGCCUCAGCUGUCCUUGGUGCUGCUCUCUCAGAUGGAGGCUGCAGUAUUCUGCUGAGUAGCGGUGAGCCAGCUUUCUCUCGCUCUGCCUCCAGCCGUCAGCACUCAGUCAAGCCUGACGGUCCAGGAAGAGGGAACUACAGCACCCACAAUCCUCUGCCACGGCUCCGACUGUCGCCUGGCCUGGAGCGAGCCCCGUGGAAUCUUGGGAGUCGUUGUCCUCGCUAACCGGCUGCUGGUGGAGGUGGAGAGAGAGAGGGAGAGAGAGGGAGAGAGAGAGAGAGAGGGAGGUGGUGACGUGCCAUGACAACCAUCAGAGAGGCAGAAAGAAACUGCUGAGUCAUGUCUGCCGGACUGGACGAUACAGACAACGUGUUCGAUCUGAACGAGGCGAUCCCGGAGACCGAGCUGCUGGAUAACAGCAUCCAGAAGGGCCGCGCCCAGCUGUCCGUCAAAGCUCGCAGGCACCGCCCCUCUCGGUCCCGUUACCGUGACAGCGUGAGCUCGACGGAGGGCGAUGACAGCCUGGAGAGGAAGGACAGUCCAUUACACUCGGCUCGCUCACCUCUACACCUGGCCAUGCGAGGUUCCUCCCCGUCUCCUGAUUCUCUGUUGUCUGCUCGAAGCCCCGGCUUCUCCUUUGACACAUCACUGGUGCGUCACUCUCCAGAGGAUGAAGGAGCGGCAUUGGCUGCUCCCCCGCGGGGGCGGUACCAUCAGCUGACCAAUGCAACGUCUCAGGAGGCCCUGGUGACACCCAGCAGCUCGCCAUCCAGGUCCUGCCCCUCCGCCGACUGCUCACGUGUCUACAUGAGGAGGAGCAGGAGGCCCGACAGUGAAGUGUUGGUUUCUGACUCGAGUCGGGAGACGAGUCCGGCUGAUCCAGGUAGUCCCACUGUCGUCUUCGAUAAGAAAACCAAGAGACGCUUCCUGGACCUUGGCGUGACUCUCAGACGUUCGUAUAUCCGGGUGAGGAAAGACAAGUCCAACCGCCUCUCUGUGGGCAGCAGAGAGCCAUCUGAGAGUCCGUCUCGGUCUUCGGGAUCCUUCGUUUCAUUCUCCUGGUUCACUGAAGGACGGGGGUCGCUCUCCUCUUCCGGGACGCCCCCCUGCUCCCCCAAAAACACCCCUCUGAGUUCUCCGAGACCCCGCAAGUCCCACUCACAGGAGUCGGCUCUCAGCGAGGAGUUCUCUCCUCCUCACACCUCCUCCUCCACCUCUCCUCCUGUCGACUCCUCCUCCAGGUCCUCCCACCCAUACCACACCCUGUCGCAGUCCUCUGAUGAGCCCUGUGAUGACCCGUCCUGUCCGGCGUCCUCGUGGACGACUCAGCAGGUCUGUCAGUGGCUGCGAGGACUCAACAUGGAGCAGUACGUCCCAGAAUUCAGUGCGAGAGACGUUGACGGCCAGGAGCUGCUGCAGAUGGACGGCAACAGGCUGAAGAGUCUGGGCGUACUCAGUUCGUCUGAUCGCAGCGCUCUGAAGCGUCGCAUCAAAGAAAUCCAAAGUGCAGCAGAGAAGGAGAGAAAAGCUCUGGACAAGAUGGAGAAACAGAAAGAAAAACAAAGAAGAAAAGAUCAGGAACAACGCAGGAACUGAGCCCCGCCACCAGGGGGAGACAGAGAGAGGGAUGGGGGAUGGAGGAGGACAAGUGGGGGAUGGGGGUGGACGGAUGGCAUGGGGAGGAAUGGACAAACCCUGGAGCUCCGCCUGGUUUCUGCAGCAGCUUGAUGAAAAGUCAUUUAAUUAUGAAACUGAAAGUUGACUUUGUGACAUACUUGAGGCUGUACGGUGGCCCAGAGGGACAAAUCCAGCAGAUUCAAGCAGUGUUGUGUUUGUUUGUGUGUAAGUUCAAUUUGAACAAAAGAAACAUUAAGAACAUUUUUUUAAUAAAAGUAAAUGAAAACAAAUGAAAUGAAUUUUCUCUUAUUAUUUUUAUCUGCUCCUGUAAGUGUUUUGUCCUUCAGGGCCACCAUAACAGUACAAAGGACACCUUUCCUGUGGUGCUUGCUAUCCCACAAUCCAUUGCAUGCCAGGAACUUGUUAAAGGUGUGUUCAGGUGCUCUUCGUUGUUGUUCAACAGGUGUUAAAGUACAGAGGCAGAGGAAGGACAAAACUGAACCUGAUACCUUGUUGUGACAUUAAAGAAAUAAUUUAAGCAGUGAAAUAUUUUUGUUUGGUGUUUUAAAUUGAAAAACUUUUUUUAAGUAUAAAAAACUUUAAAUUGUCAUUUUCACAUUAAAAAAAAACAGAUUGAGUGAAAACAUCUGAAUCAUGGUCAUCAUCAGACAGACAGUCUGUCCAAUCAGGUGGCUCCCUGUCAGAGGCAUGUGAUGGUUGGGUUAAUGACGGCCUUCUCUGCUUCCAUGAAGCGCCUGAACACAUGGUUAGUUUGUCUCUGUGAUAUGAUGUCAUCUGAUUAAAGGCUCAAUGUUAAGCCCCGCCUUCUCUGAAGGACACUCCUGGUUUGACCACGCCCCUGGAGGUGGGGCCUGAAUGUUCUGAAGGAGCCUGAAAGAGAAAAUGAAGAAGUUCAGAUUGUGAAACAUCGACUGGUUGAAGAUGCUCGUUAAAGUCUGACGUGUUCGAUUCAGACGUCGACUGAACUGACUGACCUCUGACCUCUGACUGACCUCUGACUGACCUCUGACUCUGUGACCUCCACAUUAAACUGAUCGUUUCAAUAAAUAAAACUGAGAAAUGUUU